AUGUCCCUUACAUUGGGGGUCAGUGGGAAGAAUGUCCCUUACAUUGGGGGUCAGUGGGAAGAAUGUCCCUUACAUUGGGGGUCAGUGGGAAGAAUGUCCCUUACAUUGGGGGUCAGUGGGAAGAAUGCCCCUUACAUUGGUGGUCAGUGGGAAGAAUGUCCCUUACAUUGGGGGUCAGUGGGAAGAAUGUCCCUUACAUUGGGGGUCAGUGGGAAGAAUGUCCCUUACAUUGGUGGUCAGUGGGGAAGAAUGUCCCUUACAUUGGAGGUCAGUGGGAAGAAUGUCCCUUACAUUGGUGGUCAGUGGGAAGAAUGUCCCUUACAUUGGGGGUCAGUGGGAAGAAUGUCCCCUUACAUUGGGGGUCAGUGGGAAGAAUGUCCCUUACAUUGGUGGUCACUGGGGAAGAAUGCCCCUUACAUUGGGGGUCAGUGGGAAGAAUGUCCCUUACAUUGGUGGUCAGUGGGAAGAAUGUCCCUUACAUUGGUGGUCAGUGGGAAGAAUGUCCCUUACAUUGGGGGUCAGUGGGAAGAAUGUCCCUACAUUGGUGGUCAGUGGGAAGAAUGUCCCCUUACAUUGGUGAUCAGUGGGAAGAAUGUCUCUUACAUU